ACCAAGUCCUUCUUUUCUUGUGGGGAAGGGAGGCUGGGUAGACUAUUAUAAAAGCGUAGGUGUUGUUGUUUAUUCAUUCUUCAAUCUCUCAUUUUUUUUCCUCUCUAGCUGCUCUCUGUCUCUCUAUCUCUCUGGAUCUUUCAUUUGGUCUCUACACAUACAUCACCACACACAUUUGUUUGUUUCUUCCUUUUGAAUACUUCUUGGCAACCACCAAUAUAAAUUAACCCAGCCUGAUCAUUCAUUCAUAUAUAGAGAUAUAGAGAAAGAAGAUUAAGCAAAGUUUAAGGAUAUGGGGAGGCAACCUUGUUGUGAAAAAGUAGGGUUGAAGAAAGGGCCAUGGACAGCUGAAGAAGAUAAGAAGCUUAUCAACUUCAUUCUAACUAAUGGCCAAUGCUGUUGGAGAGCUGUUCCUAAACUUGCAGGACUGUUAAGGUGCGGCAAAAGUUGCAGAUUAAGGUGGACAAAUUACCUAAGGCCUGAUCUGAAGAGGGGUUUAUUAUCAGAAUCUGAAGAACAAAUGGUUAUCGAUCUCCAUGCUCGUCUUGGCAAUAGAUGGUCAAAGAUUGCAUCCAAUCUCCCUGGUCGAACUGAUAAUGAAAUCAAGAACCAUUGGAACACCCACAUCAAGAAGAAACUAAAGAAAAUGGGAAUUGAUCCUCUUACUCAUCAACCACUGGUUCCUGCCGCCACCUCCACCACAAACGUUGAUAAUCAUCACGUUCAGAAGCCAAACCAGCAAUAUUCUACAGUUAUUGAUAUUACUGAAUCUGGGACUGAAAAUUCUCAGCAUUCAUCCAUGACUGAUGAUGAUCAAACCAAAGGUGUCGAAUUAGAAACGAACACGACAGGAAACAGCGACGGUUUUUGUACGGAUGAAGUUCCGUUGAUUCAACCUCAUGAAAUAUUAGUGAACUGUAAUCAGAAGAAUAAUAAUUCUUCAUCAUCUGUUACUUCUUCAUCAGCAUCAUCGUCAUCAUCUUCGUCAUCAUCUGGGAUUAAUGAAGAAUUAGGAUUUCCAAAUUUGGAUUGGCCUGAAUAUACAAACAUGGUAAGUGGUGGUGGAAUUUGGGACGAUUUUAACUGUUGGGAAUAUCUUUGUGAUGAUUUAUUGCUAGAUGGAUCAAGCAGAAAAUUAUCCGUCAAUAAUAAUAAUACCCAGCAUGAUCUUAGUUUCAGUCAUUACGAUCAAUACCAUAGAAGCAACAUUUUGGAAGAAGAAGCUUGGAAAUUUGAGCUCCUGUAGAGGUUUUAAUAACAUUUGUGAUGGAAUUUUGGGGUUCAUUGUUUGUAACUUGAUCAAGGUUUAUUAUUACAGAGAAACAAAACAAGAAAAAUAACAACAACUCAUCUUUGAUUUUCCUCCCUCC